GUUGAAAAGAUAACAAAAGAAAGUUUAAAAAAUGCUAAUAACAAGAAACUGAAGGACAGAGAAGUUAAACUAAAGGCAAACUUUCGCAGUUGCUAUGAGCUCAAACCCCAGAUCACAGAAUUGCUACAGAGGGCCGAGGAAUUGACAGAGGAGAAUGAAGGGCCCAAAGUUAAAAAUUUUGAACAGAAGAAGAAAAAAGAAACAGAUAGAAUAACAACAUGGCAGACCCAGGUUGAUGAUGCUAUGACAAAACUCCUCCCUGAUGAGGAAGGAACAGCAUAUCUGAAAGAGUUAAAAAAGGAAUUAGGAGAAGGUGAUGAAGAUGAGAAGGGUGAUGAUGAUGAGGAUGAUGAGGAGGAGGAAGAAGAGGAAGAAGAAGAAGAGGAUGAUGAAGAUGACGAGGAAGAAGAUGAUGAAGAAGGUGACGAGACUGCUGGGGAAACUUUAGAGACACCUAAGAAAGUGUCAAAAACAGAAAAAGGUAAACCAGAUGAAGAUGAUGAUGAAGAAAUUGAAGAAGAAGUUGAAGAAGACGAAACAGAAGGAGAGGAGGAAGUUGAAGAAGAGGAAACAGAAGAGGAAGAAGAUGAGGAACAAACAACUCCUAAAAAAGUAGUUCCAAGUAAGACAGAACCAAAAUCUGCCAAGAAGACUGAAGAAGAAGAAGAAGAAGAAGAUGAUGAUGAUGAUGAGGAGGAGGAGGAUGAAGAUGAAGAAGAUGAUGAAGAAGAAGAUGAAGAUGAGGAAAGUGAUAAGGAAGAAGGAGAUCUAGAAGUUACUACUACUGGUCGAUUAUUUGAAGCCAUAUAUGACUUUUCCAGUAAAGAGAAGGGUGAUCUUAAUUUCAAAGCUGGAGAAGUACUUACUAUCAUUACUACACAAGAAGAUGGUUGGUGGGAGGCAGAAAAUGAGAAAGGGGAGAAAGGCUCUGUACCGUCUACAUAUCUCAAGAUGUUCAAUAAAUACAAAGAUGUUCAACAAUCAGAUGAAGAAGAAGAAGAAGAUAAUGAAGAAGAUGAAGAUGAGGAAGAGGAAGGUGAAGAAGGCACAGAGAAAAAGAGUAAAAAUAAAAAACCUAAAAGUGGUAAACAACUGUGGGGCAGUUUAAAGAAAGCAGUAAAUGAGACAAGUGUUACAGAUGUAUUACAUGCUAUGGGAGCUGUACCCUCUGGUUUCAGAGUUUCAACUUUAGGACAGAAAUUUAAUUCAGAGAGUAUAUAUCAGAUGAAGAAUUACCUCACACCAAAACUGAGCAAUUCUAAUUUCUCCUACAGAGAUCUCUUCUUUGAUCCCAGUGAAAACAAGAUUCGAGCCAAAAUUGCAAGAGAACAGAGAAUUGUAACUCUUGUAAAUUGUAGACAGAUCCCUACACCAGGGGCAGGACUGGAGAUAAAAAGCAGACAUGUGAGAAUGUGUUUAUUUGAUGGUCAAAAUAUAUUAAGUAACAUCCAUACAGUGAAAGUCACAUCUGUGGACAGGGAACAAAGAACAUGGUCAUUCUCCACCAGGGUAAAUGACAUGAUGGACACCUACCAGCAUGGUGAAGUUUUCAUAAGAACCAGUAACAUUGUUCCUAAUAUAGGUAUACUGUUUGAAAUGUGUGCCUCGUAUGUUAGAACAAGUACAAAAGAAAAAGGAGAGUUUAGCUGUGGUUGGACACAUCUGCCAUUAGAGGACCCCACCACAGGGCAGCCUGUUCAAAAUAAGACAUAUGAUCUGUAUAUGAAUGGAGGUACACCAUAUGAAAAGGGGGUUGAGGUCGAUCCCAGUAUCAGUCGCAGAACAAGCACUAAUGCUCUGAUGUCAUUUAUCUCUGGAAACAAACAGCCAAGAGUUACUGUCAAACUCUCUGUCCCUAAAAAAGAGCAAAAGGAUUUGAUUGAUACAUUGCCGGAUACAUUGAUUGGAAACUUAUCAUUGCUACAGAUGUAUAGUUAUUAUAGACAAAUAUUGGCAGACACUUUACUAAGAGAUAGGCUUGAUCUGGAAUCAGCAGAGAUUAUACACAGUCCAUGGUUAGCAACCUUUCCAAUAAUAGCUGAUCAGCAUGAUAUGAUGAAAUUACUCAGGGACUCUUGGAUAGAAAAGUUGAAGGGGAUACGUAGAGCUGAUAUGGUAGAACCUGUAGACAGAGUGCAAGACCUUUGUGACUUCAAGUCACAGUUGCAAAUCUUUCACAUUAUCCAGGGCACAUUGAGGGAUGCUGAGUUUAUGAAGGACACAUUUAAGAAAGUGAUCAGUGAGUCAGUGUACCCGCUGUUACAUUCAGCCAGAUUGCCACCAUAUAAAAGUUGUGAUAUUAAUGUAGAAGAGAGAAGACAUGAAGAGAUAGAGAGAUUUAAGCUACAGAAGUUAACAAAGCGUGGAAUCCUCGCCUUGCUGCUGUCAUCAGACAUGACACAUAAACCUGUAGAUAUGAAAGAAGUCUCCUUUAAUGCUAUAGGACCUUACUGCCUCUCACAGAAAACACCUCCACCAGUAACUGUAGAAAGUUGAGCAUGAAGAUUCAUUACCCAGUUAUAUAAAGGACACUGAUGUAGUGAGAUAUACAUGUAGAUAAAAGCUUUUACGCUAAAUGGCAGCUGCUACAGUGACAGAGAUAGACAUUUAAUAGGCUAUGAAAUAGUAUACAUGUAUAAUGUAGUGUUGACCUGUCUGGAAUGUAAAUGAUGGACAGAAAGGAACUGAAAUUUACCAUGUUUUAAUUUAUAGAGAAUGUAAAAUUCAUACAAAGUGAAGGUAUGGUCAAAUUUGACAAGUUGGGAACAGUUUCAAUUAUAUUAGGAGUUCAAAGAUACAGUGUGGUACAUAUAAUUUCAAAACAGGACUUUUGCUGCUUUCUAGACAAUUCUCUACUAAUUCAUUGUCAUAUUUUCUGGACAAUAAUUAAUACAUAUCAGAAAAUGUAAAUUUUUCAUUCUUUAACUUGUACUCUUUUACAUUUUAAACAAAAGUCUGUGAUAAUUGUGUUUUAUUUAUUGUUGUAAUGUAACUAUUUAAUCAAAUUGUGUGACCGUCUUCUCUUCACACAUUGAAAUGUGCGUGAAGUCUG